AUGUCGGUCCAAGAAAUGGUCCUGCAGAUGGGGAACAAGACUCUGAUAUGUAACGAUCCCCGGCGCAUACCAAACAAGAGUCUCUGGUUACAUGGGAACCCUUUGGCAUCCCCUACACCCCUUCUGUUGCUGCAGCUCUCUGCGAUUUCCUUAGCCUCCCAGCUAAUCGAUCUCUGCCUAAAGCCUCUCGGGCAGUCAAGUAUUGUAUCACAGAUUUUUGCUGGUAUGGUAUUUGGCCCAUCCCUUCUGGGGCAUAAAACGUUAAUGUCAGCAAAAUUGUUCCCGGCAAGAGGCAGCAUGGUGAUUGAAACAGUGGCUACAUACGGCCUCAUGUUCUUCCUGUUUUUAAUGGGAGUUCGGUCGGACCCCAGCAUGAUGAUGCGCGCAGGACGACCGGCCUUCAUCAUUGGAUUUUCAGUAUUCUUCUUCACAUUUGUACUCUGCGGUUUACUAUCCUUCGUUUUAGUGAAAUUCCUACCUUUGGAAACCUGCCUGGUAAACUCGAUCUUCUUCAUUGCCGGAGCACAGACUUUAACAGGAUUUCCCGUCAUCGCUUGCCUUCUACGCGAGCUCAAGAUGCUAAACACUGACAUCGGCUGUCUAGCUCUCUCUGCAUCAAUGUUUUGCGAUAUUCUUGGUAUUUCCAUGACAGCGAUUACUUUGGCCGUAAUGGAUCCUAAGAGCAGAGGUACACUAACACCGUUGUGGGCAAUUUUAUCAGCGGUUGCACUUGUGGCUGCCAUUGUAUUUGUCGUCCGGCCGGCAAUACUAUGGACGCAAAGCCGUGCACCAAAAGGGAAACCCAUGAACGAGAUGUUCAUUAUCAGCAUCUUUGUUUUGGUUCCCUUGAUGGGGUUUAUGAGCGAGACCAUCGGCCAGCAUUAUGUUUUUGGGCCAUUAGUCCUGGGUUUGGCUAUGCCGGACGGGCCGCCGCUCGGAGUAGCUAUGAUAUCAAAACUGGAUACUUUUGCGUCGGGGUUGUUCUACCCGACCUACCUCGCCAUUAGCGGGCUGCGAACGAACAUCUUCAAGAUUCAUUUCCAGGCCCUAGGGGUGGUGGGCCUUGUUGUUCUCUUCUCUUGCGUGGUCAAGAUUGGCGCAGUUAUGGUUCCAGCCGUCUACAGUGAUGUGCCUGUACGGGAAGCUUUCGUGCUUGGGCUUAUUAUUAACGCCAGAGGCAUCGUCGAGCUUAUGAUUUUCAACUUGUGGAAGGACACCUUGGUUCUGACAGAUGAAGGAUUUUCUCUGUCAGUGAUCUCAGUGGUAAUGGUAACUGCAAUCAUAACGCCAUUGAUAAGAAUCCUCCACGAUCCUUCAAGGCAAUUCAUUGCAAUCAAGAGAAGUACCAUCCAACAUUCUAAGCGCGAGGCAGACCUCCGAAUCUUAGUCUGCAUCCACAAUCAAGACAAUGUUUCUACAAUCGUAAACCUCCUUGAAGUUUCCAGUGCUUCCGAAGAGAGCAAGAUCGCAGUAGUCGCACUUAUCCUCGUUGAGCUUGUGGGUAGCAACGCCCCGGUCCUAGUAGCCCAUCAAUCUCAUUCAGUCCUUCCAACAAGCACAUCCCCGACCAGCCGAAUUAUCAACGCCUUAAGACAGUACGAGAAUCAAAACGAAGGCUUCGUCACCGUCGAACCCUUCACUUCCAUCUCACCCUUCGAAACAAUGCACAAUGACAUUUGUCGGGUAACAGUGGACAAGAGAGCCACCAUCGUGAUUUUGCCAUUCCAUAAGCAGUGGGCCAUAGAUGGCUCCAUUGGGUCGGUGAACCGAGCAAUCCAGGCUAUGAACAUCAAGGUCCUCGAAUCUGCGCCGUGCUCCGUCGGAAUUCUCAUCGAUCGGGGCAUCCUAAGCGGUUCGACAUCGCUUCUAACCGGUCGUCCGUCAUACCAUGUUGCUGUAAUCUACAUUGGUGGUGCGGAUGACGCAGAAUCACUAGCCUAUGGUGCUCGCAUGGCUAGUGACGAAAGCGUUGAUCUAACAGUCGUCCAGUUCCUCUUCUUUGGAGCCGAAAAUACUAAAGACAGGAAGCGUGACAGUGACUUGAUUGAUGAAUACCGGCAAGCUAAUGCAGGAAACGAACGAUUUGUGAUCGUAGAAGAGGUGGUAAGAGACGGGCCAGAUCUUGCUUCAUCUAUAAAAGAGAUGGUAGAUUGCUUUGAUUUGAUACUAGUAGGGAUGCACCACCCGGCAUCCUCUCUACUCACAGGACUUGGUGUGUGGAGUGAGUGCCCGGAGAUCGGAGUCAUCGGCGAUAUGCUUGCUUCGCCAGAUAUUGGGAGCACAGCAUCGGCGUUGGUGGUACAACAACAAAGACUAGGAGGGAAGUUAAUAAGUCGUGGCAUGCAGCCUGUGGUCGGCGAUAGAGACCAACUCGUUCACGAUGUCCCUUAUGAUGAACCGGCAAGAGGAUCGUGGUCUAUUUCAAUGGGAAGGAGCUAGCUAACAGUUGAGGUUUAAAGCCCAGGAAUGCGAGCUCUCUAUAUACCUAGAUUUUCCCUAGCUGUAAAUUAAUGAUGUUUUGGAGAGUUGU